AUGGGGCCUUACAGUCACACGGGCAACAUACACAGCAUCGUUUUCGGUAGUGGACAAAUCGGACUGGAUCCUAGGACCAUGCAACUCGUGAGAGGCGGUGUUAAGGAACAAACACAGCAGUGCCUGGCUAACGGAGAAUUUUUGAACACUGCAACGCGUUCUCCGAAGAAUUCAUCUAGCAAUAUCACACUUCUAACCGAGAUGGCUAACUUCGGUCUCGUCAGCCGAGUCUACGGACAGUUUUUCUCAGACACUUUUGCUGGCCACCAGGGCACAGAAAGGGGCUCUCCUCGAAAUGAAACAGACAAUGGCGUUGCCCCGGCUCGGGCUGCCUCUGCGACCCGAGAGCUGUCAAUGCGCGCUCUUAUUGUGAUAAAUGCAGCCAAUGUAACUAACAGUGCUACUCGUUGACCAAACUUGGGAGUCCUGUUCAGUUUUUCCCGCUUGUUAAAGUGGCUGCGUGCUUUGUCGUUGCUUGCCGUGUUGUGUGCCGCAGCGUUGGGAUGCUGGUAUGUAGAACGCUCCAUGGGCUCAUACACAGCGUGUCUGACCAUCACCGGUGAGUUCGAUCAAAGAUGAAUUAGAAGAAGUCCGAAUAGACCAUGUAGUGCAAAUUACAGGAAAGGUCCUACAUUUCUCCUAUCGAUGCUGCCCUACACGCUGCCGGUGCAGUGUUCACAAGGCGACGCUGCUCGCCUGCUCGAACUGUCAGGACAGUUUUGCUUUCCUCGGCACCAUAACCAGAGCGAAGAGUGUGUUAAGGAAGUGCAUGGUGAUACGGUUUUUUCGGUGCCAGCUUUCUCGUGAUACUAGUCGUGGGAGGGACAUUCCACGGCCCACGAUGUGUUACGAUGCGGGUAUCCUACGUCAGUCGAAUACGCACAGUGCUGGAAUCAGCAAAUGACUGCAGUGUGGACUGGAACUGUUCAGAAUACUGUCCAGGGUUCGGUGAUACGUAUGGCAGACUCUGGCUGGCACAUACCACUUGUGUUUUUCCAUCGAAGGGCCCCAAUAAACUAGUGGGCCAGAGAGAAUCAGUGGCUAGUUCCGUUCGGAAACAUUCGGGUGUGAGCUUGGUUGGGGGGCCUCGCGAAACUAGUAGAUGCUAUCCCCCUUGAUGACAGACGAAUGUGGUAGGGGCUGCUUAGACAGUCCCACUGCUAAAACAG